GCAUCUCUACUUGGUCUGUGGUUUCUCCUUUGGUAAACAAACGAACGAACGAAAGAUUUUAUUUAUCGAAAUUAAUACUUAAAACCUACAAGCCUAAGCCUAAAACUAUAAUUGUGUUAUAUUAGAAACACAGAAAGUUUUUUAAUUAGCUUCGUUACUAUAUUAUUAAUUUUAACAUUGAUAACACUACUUACUGUAUGUCUUGUAGAUUUAAUAUUUUAGUGUAGGUUAUAAAGUGUGCUGAACUUUCAAAAUGGGCAGAAAAAUACCAGCAAAAAAACAUAGAGGUGUGAAAGACCCUCUCCUGCAGCAAGCCAGACGUCUUCAAAGUUUGAAGGGUAAAAUCAACGCACCGCCGAGGAACCCCGACGAGCAGCCGGUGCCGAAGUCUUUGACGAGAUUGUUCGCGCCGCUGAACCGGCUGCCGCGCGCGGGGGUCGCGGGGAGCACGGGUGCCGCGGUGCGGACGGGGGCCGCCGGGCGCGUGGGGGCCGCCGGGCGCGUGGGGGCCGCAGGGCCAGCGGGCGGCGCCGUGGCGCGGCUGCGGCGGCUGCCGGGCGAGGAUGCGCGCUCCUUCUCGCGCCGCAUCACGGGCGCCGUGCGCGCGCUACACGCCGCCGACGACGCGCAGGAAUACCCGCAGGAAGAAGAAGAGGAGGAGGUGUUACAGCGGCGGCGGCGGCGAAUGCGCGCCGUCGCGCCCGAGCGGCCCUCGCGCGCGCAGCGGCGCAAGCUGCGGCUGAGGGAGGCCAAGCUGGCCGCCGACCAGGCCCGCGCCGCGGACGCGCGCAGCGAGCUGGUGUACGAGCGCGUGGCCUUCGGGGACACCGCGGCGGCGCCGCCCGCGCUGCCGCCGCCACGCCUGCCCCGCGCCGCCGCCGCCGCCGCCGCGAGGGUGAGUGCCCUGGUUCUUGAAAAUGGGUGACACAUUGAAGCUUAUUGUGAGUAAUUACGGCCAUUUGUCUUUUGAUGACUUGAAGCUUUUUGCACCCUAACAGGCAUUUACAUGACCGCUGCGGGAGAUUAUGUAUUAACUUUCCGGCCGUGUUGAUUCGAGUUUCGUAGUGCUGGUAUUGUCUUCAUUAUUACUAUUACAUAUAGUGGGCGGGAAGGCAGAACACCAUUUGAUUUGUCAUAAAUGAAUUUCUUUGACUUCGGACCGUUGUAGUUGUGGCGUGCAGCCUGUAUGACUAUAAUGUGGUGUGCAGCCGGGGCGGCGCGAGUUGCUGCUGACGCCGCUGCUGCGGGCCGCGG